CUGCGGGUUGAACAAACAAGAUUGAAUGCAACCGGCAAGAACUUCAACAAACACCAGCCAUAUUAUUAUGUUUAUUCGUUCGUGUACAGAAGCAGCACCUCUAUUUUUACUGGUUCGCGGGAUGCGAAAUAUUUUGUAACGUGCAAAAAAGUAACCAACACUCUGUACUGUACAGUACACGUACCUAGAGCCCUACUUGUACUUGUACUACGUUCAGAAACUUCGUGAAGACUCCGCCACACAGCGUGUUGGCCUCAACGCAAAGAGAGCGCUACAACGCUACUGUACCAUACCUCAAGGGGAGUUACUGUGUCUAGCAGCUAAAAGAGAGCAUCGUGUCUUAUCCAACUCCAUACGGACAGCCACUUGCAACUCCAGCCUGUUUGCAAUGAGUGCAACUCUCUUUCCAACAACAGCACCCACCGGUGCACCAAACCAAGACGCCAACAGUGGUGGAUUGGGUGUUAGAGGCGGAUUUCCAAAGCUGUCAUCUGAGCGGCGGCGUUCGCUGCAGGUAAAUGCUUCACAAGGUCGGGAUCCAAAGAAAAUGAAGCUUCAUCAAUUCGACGACAUCCCGCCCGUACAGGAUGGGGUCAUAUCUGCAAGCAAAACUCCGGUUUUUGAUCAAGGGCGGAAGGUUGAUAUAGUCAUUGAACGCGCUCACAAUGUCGGGCUGUUCUUUGACGUCGACGUUUCGGAUGUGACAGAAGCCCCCGAUCGUGAGAUGCCCCGCUACCUUAAGGACGCCAUUAAAGGCCGGUUUACCUCCGAGGAAACACUGCGUAAUGCGGUGUACACAAACCUCAUCGAUGACCAUGGAGUCGCCUUUCCAGAAUCAAGUGUCAAGGAAAUUAAGGGGAUGGCAAAAGUGUUGCGCCGCGCAACAGGUAACAAGAGCAGAGUCUACAAAGAAACAGAUCUCGCGUCGCUUAUGGCCGAAUAUGGAGAAACGCAAGGUCACAAGUCCGACAAUAUGCGGAGGAUCAUGAAAGGAUUGCCCGUCACAACAACUUCCAAACCAGACUUGGCGCCGCUUGAUUCCAAGGAUGGAGCUGAUAUCCAAAUCCGAUUUGGCGAGUUCAAAAAUGCAAACAAUUACAACACAACAAUAGCCUGCACGCAAUGUACCAUGUAUCUUCUUGCUCUUAUGUAUUGGCUGCGCACGGAGCUUGGUAAACCUGUUGACGCUGUUUAUGGGUUUUAUUUUUGCGGACGCAGAUGCGAGCACCAAGACGGCACCUAUUCUGUUGGUUUCGUCAAGCUUUCUGCGCCAACUACGCUUGGGGAUUGCAUCGGAGUAGAAUUCUACGAGACUACAGACACUGUUGAGAGUAACGUGCCAAUGAACGCGUUGAUUCAUUUCUUGCUGCAUGGUAAGCGUUGGUCUGUUAGUGGAGAAAUGCUGCAAGGUGGAAUUAUGAAACAAGAGAGACGGAUUCCCUCCCUGUACACCUUACCGACAAGUCUUUGGGAAGACAAUCCCGACAACCGGCGGCUUAUUCUUCACGGAACGCUAUCUAUUGUGUUCAUUGUCUCGGUAGCUGGCCUGAAACAGUUGCUGGCAGAACACUUCAAGAAGUUCACAAACAAUUUGCUCUGGGAUUUGUUCUGUCAGCGGGUGGAUUCCUUUAUCUCAGCAGACGGUAACGAGAGUGACGAUACGAAAUACUACCUCAAAAUUAGAUCCAAAGACACAUCUUUGCAGCCCAAACCAAUGGGAUAUAUGGAUGACGCAUGGGAUGUGCUCUCGCGAAAUCAGUCAGUCUCAGGAACCUAUCCUAUCAGACCGUUCUCUGAUAACGGUGUCGGGGUUACACUCAUGAGAGAUCGCGGAGUCCCCCUGGACACCGUCAUUUCAUCUUUCAGAGCGAGGGCACUCCUUCCCCAGUUCAAGACAAUCAUGGAGACAGCCUCAUUUCUCAGCAACCAUCUCCCGCAUGGGGACGUUCUCCCCCACAACCUUGUCUAUGACGAUAAAAAGGAGGAGAUCAGCCUCAUUGACAUUGACGAAGGAGUUUGGACUCGGGGAUCGCUUCCGACAAGGAAGAAUGAGUACAACAAUGGAGAUGAUGACUGGUACAAAGCUCUUCGGUAUCCCAACUUUUUUGUAGAAGACGCAAAAAGGUACACAAAAGUGCAGCUGCUGGCUUCCUUCUUGUACAUUAUCACGGAGGCGCCAAACAAGGAUAUUGAUUCUGGAGUGUUACAGGAAUGCGCCAAGCUGAAGGAAGAAGCAAAGAGACUUGGCGAAUCUUUGUGCAAUCUAGACAAGACGGACAAGCUUGCGAAGAUACCCGAACGACUAAAAAAGUUCAACGCCUGGGUAGACGAGCUUGAGAGCAUGAUGAAUGACAUCUUGGACCAUUCCCAAUGAAGGGCGGGUGGGCAAUUCCCGCAAAAAAAAUAGGACUGAAAACUUGAUCGAUGGAGUUAAUUGAGCAAGUGCAAAAGUUGCAAGUAAAUGCUUUUUUGAAGGAGUUAGAUGCGAUGAAAGUAGAUUGACUGAAAAAUAAAUUAGUUCCCUACGGUAGUAGUUGACUAAUCAUAUUGGGUUAUCCCUAGCUAGUUGGU